AUGUUUUCAACACGAUAUCUGGUAACACUACUUAUACCAGUGCUCAUGUUCGUUACUGGAUGUCGUGCAAAUGGAGGACUGGAUGGACUUCAAGGCGAAGCUAUAUCUACACUAGAUACACUUCUUGAUCUAAAUGAUGACGGUGAUUAUGCGUAUCCAGCUUAUACUGACACUGCUUAUGAUAACCCCUUUCCAUUAGCAGCGGCUGAAACAGGAACUCUAUACGAUACCGUCGUUCCAACAUACGGUACACAACAACCAGCAGCGAACGACUAUCCUCUUCCAGCUAAUGCUUCUCCUGUUUCUACUAAUCCUUUACCCUUAGUCAACAAUGUUUCACCCUUGCCAGUCUAUGAUUACCCUAUCCCCAAUAACUCACCUCCACAAUACACCUCUUACAAUACACCUCUUGCAGCGAAUGGUCCGCCACAACCUACUCCAACUGCCCCUACUUACGACACGCCACUAGCGGCUUACGACUCUCCAAUUGCACCCAACGAAGCACCUUUACCCACUUACGACACACCUCUUGCAGUUAAUGGCCAAGAACCACCUACUUACGACACACCACUAGCAGCUUACGACUCCCCGAUUUCACCCAACGAUGCACCUUUACCGACAUACGACACAUCUCUUGCAGCGAAUGGUCCAGCACCACCUACUUAUGACACACCUCUUGCAGCUAACGGUUUACCUAUUCCUACGUACGACACACCACUAGCGACAUACGACGCCCCAAGCGCGCCAAACGAUGGACCUUUACCUACUUACGAUACCCCUCAUGCCUCAAACGAUUCACCGCAGCCUACCUAUGACACACCGCUUGCAGUUUAUGUAGCCGACGAUUCUCCACUGGAGAUUGGCGACGCGCCUCUUGAAGUUUACAAUGGAAACUACGACUAUUCUGUCGACAUUCCACCUCUUGCUGAUCCUGGUCAUCAACAACGUUAUCAUGACUCUUCCUCUGAUUCAUCUUCAUCCGAACAUCGUCCUCCACCUCCACCACCCCCUCCUCCCCCACCACCUCCACCACCGCCACCGCCACCACCACCGCCACCGCCAGAGGAUAACAGCGCCUCCGACGAAUCUGGACCAAGUGAACCGGAGGGACCCCCUCCCCCUCCACCUCCACCAGAACACAAGCCUCCUCCUCCUCCACCACCACCUCCCUCGGCAGAGGCCUAUUCCUCAGCUGACAGUUAUUCAUCGAGUUCAUCGGAUUAUUCGUACGACAAUCCUUUCCCAUAUUCUUCAUCUGAACACUCAUACUACGAUAGCUCUCACUCCAGCUGGUCCGACUCAGGAGGCUCAGAUUACGAUUACGGAUGGCAUGCUCCUCAUCCUCCAGCUAAUCCCCCUUCGUCAAAUUCCCAUUCUUCUGGGAAUUCUGGUUCUGGUAACACUGGUUCGUCUGGUAAUCCAAUCAGUUCAGGAUCAUCUGGAGGAAACGCAGUUGGUACAGGAUCUGGCGGGAAUACAUUUGACACUGGAUCGUCUGGCGGAAUCACGCGUACAGGAGCAGGGUUGUCACCUUUCCCUGGUGGUGGAUACCACAGGUACGGUUCUGGUGUUGGCGGUUAUGUCGGAAGAACUGGUUCAAGUAACGGAUUUUAUCCGCGUUAUGGGAGCUAUCCAUAUCCAAGACCGAGAUAUGGUUACGCUGAUCAUAGUUAUAAUUAUCGUAAUCCGUUUUUAACACAAAAACGUAUGUACGACACUGGACUCUCUUCAAUGUACGCAAAUCCUUAUGUGAACCGAUUGUCACUUCUUUCACGACAAUUUCCAUCAUAUUCUUCGGGACUUACGUCUCUUUUAUCUCAAUUACUAGCCAGUGUUAGAGCAAUGUCAACUUCAAGAGUUGCAUCUCGUGUAUCGACUGGGUCUGCACCACAUCCUCUUAAUAUUCCCUCGGUGAGACCACUUUAUAUACCAUCUUUAGCAAGACCAUUGGUCCUUCCUAGAAGUAUACCUGUUACCGUAAGUCUUCCAAUUACCAUAGGAAAUGUGCAAAUCCCACCCGUUCCAGUGGUAUCAAGAGACUUUCCUGUACGUCUUAACACUUUACCAGUAGGUUUGCGAUCAGUUCCACAGAUCAGUCCACCUCUACCAUUGUUCCCACCAUCUAACUCGAUUCCUCCAUCAUCCUUGUAUCCACGAUCGUAUCCGACUCCGAUAAAUACAGCACCCAGAGUCUACCCCAUUCCCUAUCCAGUGAACAAUAUUCCACUGACGAACGUAUCCAUAUCAAUACCUUCACCUAUCCCAUUCCCAACCCCCUAUCCUAUACCAACACCUUAUCCCGUGUCAUCGCAAUACUCUGCCUCGCGGCCUUAUCCCGUCCAGACCCAACCACCAUCUCCAACAUCCUUACUACAAAUUCUGAUGCAAUGGAUUCCACGAGCAUUAGCUCAAAGUCAGAGUCAAGGUCAAGGUCAACUCAUCACUGUACCCAUUCAGGGAUCUUCGGGUGCCCAGUUUUCACCAGGACUUGCUGGUCUGUUCGUAUCCGAGAAUCUCAAUGGACAACCACCUCUGGUACCACAGAGUUCAGCAAUAGCAUCAUCUUCGACUCAACUAUCGCCUGGUUUAGCUACAGCAAGUGGAAGCCAGCUAUACCCAGGAUUAUCAGGGAGUGUCCCGGGAGCAUCUCAAGUAGGAUUAUCGGCAGGAGCAUCUCAAGUAGGAUUAUCGGUUGCUCAACCACCAGUUGCCGAACCGCCAGCCAUGCCUCAACAGACUCUCAACGACCCUCCGUCAGACGGGAUACAAGGUCUCGUGCUGGGUGAUCCACCUACUAAUGCAGCAGGACAACCAUCGGGAAACUUUGCCCCAGUUGUUGGACCGAUUGCUUCUGUACCUAAUUUCAUGACGGGUGGAAAUCCACAAACUCAAACCGAAGUUGAAUUUCCCCCAAAAUUUGGUUAA